AUGGGUCUACGAGUUUUACAGGAGCAAGAUAAUCUAUUUUUAUUCCAGUUCUUCCAUGAACGGGAUGCAAACCGAGUCUUGGAAGAUGAUCUUCCCUCUAGUUUCCGCACAGAACAAUUUAUUGAGAAAGUUGCCAACUACGUCGGGACUUUUGUGGCUUGUGAUCCGAACAAUUUUGGGGGAACUUGGCACGGCUACAUUCGUGCUAGGGUUUCUCUGGAUGUUCAACAGCCUUUGAAGAUACGCAUAAAGCUUAAACUCCAGGAUGAUAAAUUCUGUAAGAAAGCAUAUGAUGACAAGGCAGAAUCGAGCUCUUACCCUUAUGGUGCAUGGAUGAGAGCAGCAACAAGACGCACACCACAGCAAGUUAGAGCAAAGUGUCUACGCCAAGAUGGUAAACCCAUCCCACCACAAGUUAUCCCUACAAUUGGAGAGAGGAUGGAGAACAGAGAACUGGGUGGAAGGGCGCUUCCUUUAAUCUCUGAGGAUGGAGUCCCCAAAGCACGCGGUCACGUUCUAGGCGGAAGCAGCGCCAUAAACGUCGGUUUCUAUAGCAAAGCCGAUGAUGUUUCGGCCGGAGCUCAAGAGUGGACAAUCAGCGGUGAGAGAUUGUUUGCUGGAAUGGAUUCGGUCAGAGGUUUCUCUCUAUUUUUAUUUCUCAGUUCAAAGUUUCAUGCUCAGAUAUAUUGUUGUUGUGGGAGUCUACGCUCAUAUCUGCUGCUGUUGUGGGAGUACGCUCACAUCUACUCCUUUUAUUAUAUCUACAACGGAACUAGCGACGGAGGGAUAGAGGAGGUGGCGGCGGAGUUGGAAAUCGGCCGGUUUGUGCCCAUAUUUCUUCAUCACUCCACCCUGCCACUCACAAUCGACGAAAUUGUAAGUGCUCACCAAAGUUCAUUUGAAGAUGACAAGUACAGUGAAAUCAAGUAUCUCUUUCCUUGUAAUUCAUGGAAGAUGAUUACGGAAAAUGAUGUGACGGUCAUGAUUUCCCUCCUUAAGUCCUCGAAACAUGAACAUUUUAAAAAAUUGAUCAGUCCCUUAAUUAAGCCAUUGCUGCGUUUCCUUUAUCUCCCUUGUUCAUCAAGUGAUUUUAUGCGAAAUCUAGGAUCUGCGUGGUUAUUGAUUGGUGGCUUAUGCUACCAUCUUUUGAUUAGCUACACAUAUUUGGAACCCACUGUAAAAUACUCUGUAAAGCACUCACAGCUGACAGAAAAAAAUUGCUUGUCUCCAGCUUGAGAAUGAGGUAAGAAGAGAGUGUACUUAUUUAUCAGGGUCCUUUCAGUUAAGAGAAGAUGACAGACAUACCAAGGUGUUAGAAGAACUCAAUACCAAGCUGAAGAAACUUCAAAAACAUGACAGAAAAACAUUCACUAUUGUGCUUGAAUGCCAAGAGGAGUAAGUAGCUAGUGAAAAGGGGGAAGCUUUAAGGUAUAAAUACUAGUGAACUUUGCAAACUCUUGUAUUAAAAGUUAAAUUUCUAACUUAUGUAAUUAUUCUUUGCAAACUCUUGUAACUCUUGUAUUAAAACUUUACAAAAACAUUCACUAUUGUGCUUUAAAUACAAGCUUAAGUUCAAAAUGGAGAAGGAAACCUCCAUGACAAGUCUCUUGUUACAAAGGACAACACAAGUAAGUUGUGUUAUUCAGUUUUUGCUUUCUUAUCAAUCUAUCUUCUGGCUUUGCACCUUUACUGCCUCAUUUGUAUAGAAACUCAUUUUAUCACUUAGGAGGCACAACAUCUUUAGCUUGCAUCUUUGUGAUUUGUAUGGAAUCAAAAUUGCCAGGUCUUGCGUUAGCCACAGUUCCUAUUAUAGUCAGAUUGUCAUCUAAACAAGCCAGCUCAUCAACUACUCAUAUGGAUAUUAUCACCCGGAUAUCAAUUCUUGUUAACUGUUCUCCUUGUGCUCCAGGAGUUGUGUAUGGAUAUUAUCACCCGGAUAUCAAUACAUGUAGUUCUAACAAGUUGAUUAUGACAAAGCGGUUAUUGAUCUGGUGCGUUCAGAAUGGGCCGAUAUUCUAUCAUCAUGUUAUAUAGAGUAGGUAUGAUUUGACGUUGUGAUCAUUUAGACUUGGUUUGUGGAUCAGAAUUGUUUUUUGUAGUAUUAUGACUUGGAUGAUGAUUUGAUUA